AUGUGCCAAAACCUAAUUAGGUGGAGGUUAAAGUAUGAAAAUAUUCUCUGGAGUCAUCUUUUAGCCAACUACACCACCAGUCUAGUCUAUCACCAACUACUUAUGACCAUGUCGCGUCUGGUUCGACGGCUUCCUGGCCGAAUUCCCACUUUUCGAGUGGCCCAUUCGCUCAGCUUGUCUGCUCUUCGUCACUAUGCCACUGCCACCAACAUUGACGGCAAGCAAAUGGCAAAGGACAUUCGACUAGAGCUCCACGACGAGAUCAAGCAGAUUCAGGCUAAGAAACCCCAUUUCCAACCCAAGCUGAUUAUAAUUCAAGUCGGCGAGCGUCCCGACUCUAGUGCCUACGUGCGUAUGAAGCUCAAGGCUGCUCGAGAGGCCCAGAUUGACUGCGAGCUGCGAAAGUUCUCCGAGGACAUGGCCGAGGACCACCUUCUGGAGGAAUUGGACAUCCUGAAUGACGAUCCUUCCGUUCACGGUAUUCUUGUCCAGCUGCCUCUUCCCAAGCACAUCAACGAGACCCGAAUCACCGAUUCUGUCAUCACUGCCAAGGACGUUGAUGGUUUUGGCCCCCUCAACGUUGGAGAGCUUUCCAAGCGGGGUGGAAACCCCGCCUUCGUUCCCUGCACCCCCAAGGGUGUCAUGGAGAUGCUGGAUCGAUCUGGCAUUGAGCUGCGAGGCAAGAAUGCCGUUGUCAUUGGCCGAUCCGAUAUUGUCGGUACCCCCGUCGCCUCUCUCCUUAAGGGCGCUGAUGCCACCGUCACCGUCUGCCAUAGAUACACCGAGAACCUUCCUGCCAUUGUCAAGAACGCCGAUGUCGUUGUUGCUGCCAUUGGAGCUCCUAACUUUGUCAAGGGCGAGUGGCUCAAGCCCGGCGCUGUCGUUGUCGAUGUUGGCAUCAACUACGUCAAGGAUGAGACUAAGAAGUCCGGUCAGCGACUUGUCGGAGACGUUGACUUUGACUCUGCCAAGGAGGUUGCUUCUUUCAUUACUCCCGUUCCCGGAGGAGUGGGUCCCAUGACCGUGGCCAUGCUGGUCAACAACGUGGUCACUGCCGCAAAACGACAGUCCCUCGAGCAACAGAAGAUGCAGGUCAAGCCCCUGCCUCUCAAACUGCGAACGCCCGUUCCUUCUGACGAUGCCAUCUCUCGAGCACAGAUCCCCAAGAACGUCAAGACAGUUGCCAAGGAGGCCGGACUCACCGAGCACGAGUUUGAGCCCUAUGGAGCUUACAAGGGUAAGGUCUCUCUGACAACCUUGGACCGACUCAAGGACCGAAAGGACGGUAAGUACGUUCUUGUGGCCGGAAUCACCCCCACUCCUCUUGGAGAGGGUAAGUCUACCACCACCGUUGGUCUUGUUCAGGCCAUGUGUGCCCACCUCGGCAAGCUAGCCUUUGCUAAUGUCCGACAACCCUCCAUGGGUCCCACUUUUGGUAUCAAGGGUGGUGCUGCCGGUGGCGGAUACGCCCAGGUCAUUCCCAUGGACGAGUUCAACAUGCAUCUGACUGGUGACAUUCACGCCAUUUCUGCUGCCACCAACCUGCUGGCCGCCGCUAUUGACACCCGAAUGUUCCACGAGUCGUCCCAGAAGGACGCCGCUCUUUACAAGCGGCUGGUUCCCUCCGUCAAGGGCAAGCGACAGUUCAUUCCCUCGCAGCUGCAGCGACUAGAGAAGUUGGGCAUCAACAAGACUAACCCCAACGACCUGACUGAUGAGGAAAUCAGCAAGUUUGUUCGACUUGACAUCGAUCCUGAGACCAUCACCUGGAAGCGGGUUGUCGACUGCAACGAUCGACUUCUGCGAGGUAUCACCGUUGGAGAGGGCCCCAGCGAAAAAGGCCGAACCCGAGAGACUGGAUUCGACAUUUCUGUCGCCUCUGAGUGUAUGGCUAUUCUCGCUCUGUCCAACUCUCUCGCCGAUAUGAGACGACGACUUGGAAACAUGGUGGUUGCCUCUUCUCGAGAGGGCCUUCCCGUCACUUGUGACGACAUUGGAGCUGGCGGAGCUCUCACUGCCCUGAUGAAGGAUGCCAUCAAGCCCAACCUCAUGCAGACCCUGGAGGGAACCCCCGUCUUCGUGCAUGCCGGUCCUUUCGCCAACAUUUCCAUUGGUGCUUCUUCUGUCCUCGCCGAUAAGAUUGCUCUCAAGUUGGCUGGUACCAAGACAAAGGGCGACGAGCCCGGUUACGUGGUCACUGAGGCUGGUUUCGACUUCACCAUGGGUGGAGAGAGAUUCUUCAAUAUCAAGUGCCGAGACUCCGGUCUUGUUCCCGACGCCGUUGUCAUUGUCGCAACUGUUCGAGCCCUCAAGCUGCACGGUGGAGGACCCGAGGUUAAGCCCGGUGCCCAGCUCGCCCCCGAGUAUCAGAACGAGAACGUUGACCUGGUUACUGCUGGUGCCAAGAAUCUCGGCAAGCAAAUUGAGAACGCCCGAUCUUUCGGUGUUCCCGUCGUUGUCGCCAUUAACCAAUUCGCCACAGAUACUCCUGCCGAGAUUGAGGCCAUCCGAACUGCUGCUCUCAAGGCUGGUGCCGCCGAGGCCAUUGUCUCCAACCAUUGGGAAAAGGGUGGAGAGGGAGCCAUUGAUCUCGCCAAGGGUGUCGUCAAGGUUUGUAGCCAGACUGACAACGUCGAGAAGAACCCCAACUUCAAGUUCCUUUACGAUAUCGACACCUCUGCCGAGGAGAAGCUCAACACCAUCGCCAAGGAGAUGUACGGUGCCAAAGGCAUUGAGCUGUCGCCUCUCGCUCGAAAGAAGAUUGACACCUACACUGCCCAGGGCUUUGGAAACCUUCCCAUCUGCAUUGCCAAGACCCAGUACUCUCUGUCACACGACCCUGCCCUCAAGGGUGUACCCAAGGACUUCGUCGUGCCCAUUCGAGACGUGCGAGCAUCUGUUGGUGCUGGUUACCUCUAUGCUCUGGCUGCCGACAUUAUGACCAUUCCUGGUCUGCCUACUAGACCUGGCUAUAUGAACGUCGAGGUCGACUCCAAGGGCCAGAUCGAGGGUCUGUUUUAA